AUGCCCCCAACAUCAUUUAUGGACCUCAUAAACCGGGUUUUCAAGGAGUAUCUAGAUCGGUUUGUCAUCGUGUUCAAAGAUGAUAUACUGGUGUAUUCUAAGAUAGAGGAGGAGCAUGAGGAGCACCUGCAUUUGACUUUGCAACGAUUGAGAGAACAUCAAUUGUAUGCGAAGUACAAGAAGUGUGAGUUUUCGUUGUCUAAGGUUGCAUUUUUGGGACACAUUGUCACUAAUGGGGGAAUCAAGAUUGAUCCUACUAAGGUCGCUGGAGUGAAGGAGUGGCCAAGACUGAAGAAUGCCUCUGAGGUCAUAAUUUUUCUAGGAAGUAGCUAUAGUGACGUGGGGCAUUACAUUGUGGCUCUUUCCUCGACCGAAGCAGAAUACAUAGCUCUCACAUAA